GAAUGUGUGUGAGUGUGACAGAUCACAUCGGAUGCUGUUAUUUGGGUGGUUGUUUGUCGCGUUAUCCGCGCGUGGAGUGCACGAUCGACGGCCUGUUAAGUACUCCUCCCCCUGCCAAAUGCAGUCCCCGACGAGUCCUCAUCCUCCCCUGCCUCGCAUCUCCCUCUCCCGCUCUCCCUCUCCCUGUUAUCCGAAUUCCCUCCCAUCUUUCACUAGCGCGUUCUCAUUGGCAACUCAGUUCUCGCACACUCCUGUGUUUCUCCGAGGUCUUGCCGCACACGCUAGUUUUCUCUGUACCCGCUUGUAGACUACUCUACUCUACUCUACUCUACUCUACUCUACUAGUGCAACCAUGGACUACGACGCGUACGAUGCAAUCCUCCACCACGUCUUCAAACAGACUCAAGGAGAUGCAUGGUUCAAGCCUUCAGAGGAGAACGCCUCUGCUGGUGUCUGCCUCCGGGUCCAGCCAGGCCACUUCCGUGUCUUCCCAUACGAGAACCAUUUCCUUGCCCCCUUUGAGGCAGCCGUCCGUGUCCUCAACCCUGUCGUCGCCGUGAAAGUUCGCAGUGCAUCUGUCCAUGCUGCUCUCGCAACGACCUCCGAGGACGAUGUUGCCCUCUAUGUCGACCAGAACACGCGUAUCCAGAUCCUGGAGAGCAUGAACCGCCUCCCUCGUGCCGACAAGGAACAGUGCGGUGCUUUCAUCCGUGACGAACGCGUGCUUGUCAUCUGGUCCGACAACCUGGACAACAUCAUUCCCAUUGUGCAGGACUUCGAAGACAAGCUCAUUAAGCUCGUUUGGCGUGCUCGUCUUCCUCUCUCCUCGGCUGCUUCCGCUAUAACUUCAGGUUCUCUCGGUACACACUCCACCUCCCCUUCACAGCAAAAUCUUAAUGAGAAGCCAAAGAGCGAGGCAGAUUCGGAAGAGCAGAAACGCACUGAAGCAGAGAAGCGCGCCAAGGCCGCUGCCGAGGCGAAGAAAGGCUUCUCUUGGUUUGGUUGGCGUACUACCAAGGGCAAACACGGUUUGACAAGUGGUGAUCGCACCGAAAUGAUCGAUGUCGAAGCUGGUGGCGAUACGCCCGACCCUCGACCAAUCCGUCUCUUCUCUCCGGUCUAUGGUGGACUGGGAGCUGCCAUGUCCCUAUUCUUUAUCGGUUCGGGUGCCAAUAUCCUCGUUCAGGAAUGGAUGCUUGACGGCGACGCGACGCGCUUUGCACUCCUUGUGACAGGACCCUUCCUGUUCUGUGUUUCCCUGUUCUUCUCGGUGCAGGUUAUCACGAAUAUCUCGUAUUUGAUUGGCCCGGUUGCACAGUUCCAUGAGAACAGCAAAUACUACAGUGCUAUCGCACCAAAGCCAAACAAGCACGUCGACAACCAUCUACCGCACAUCACCAUCCAGAUGCCUGUCUACAAAGAAUCGCUCAAGGAAACGAUUACUCCGUCCGUAGAAUCACUGAAAAAGGCCAUGCAGACCUAUGCACGGCAAGGAGGAACAUCAAGUAUCUUUGUCAACGAUGACGGGAUGCAGUUAAUCAAGCCGGAAGAACGUGAGGUGCGCAUGGAAUUUUACGCAAACCACGGUAUCGGAUUUGUUGCUCGUCCAGGACAUGAUAGCGUGAACCCCGACGGGUUCAAGCGUGCCGGACGGUUCAAGAAAGCCAGUAACAUGAAUUACGGCCUGGCUCUAUCGCUGAGAAUGGAGUCGUGCAUCAAGCGUUUGGAGGCAGAGCUUGAACAGCGCCGCAUGGAGACUCGGGCUAGCAGAGCUGCCAGUCGGGAGGACUUGGCAACUUCAGAUGGAUACGACGACAUCGAUGAGGAAGACGAUGAAGAGGAGAAACUCGAAGACCGCGCUUUGCAGAUGGCGAUCGAGGAGACAUUCGCGGAAUCCGGAAAUAGGUUCAGACCAUGGGCUUCGAAUGCGCGCGCUUUGCGUAUUGGCGAGAUCAUCCUUAUCGUUGACUCUGAUACCAUCGUCCCCGAAGAUUGUCUGCGCGAUGCUGCUCGUGAGCUUGCAGAGUGUCCUGAAAUUGCGAUCAUCCAGCACGAAUCCGACGUUAUGCAAGUCGCGCAUCAUUACUUCGAGAAUGGAAUCGCCCACUUCACCCGUCGUAUUAACCGGUGUAUCUCUAUGGCAUGUGCAAAUGGCGAGGUUGCACCAUUCGUCGGACACAACGCCUUCUUGCGCUGGUCUGCAAUCCAGGACGCAUCGUUCAUCGACGAGGCUGACGGAAAGCGGAAGAUCUGGUCCGAGUCUAACGUAAGCGAAGACUUCGACAUGGCACUUCGUUUACAGCUCAAAGGGUACACGAUCCGCUGGGCGAGCUACAGUAACGGUGGAUUCAAGGAAGGUGUCAGUCUAACGUGCGACGAUGAAUUAAACAGGUGGCAAAAAUACGCGUACGGAUGUAACGAGCUCAUCUUCAACCCGCUCAUCCAUUGGUGGCGCAAAGGUCCCAUCACGAAACAGCUACACACCUUCAUAUGGAGUAACGCACCGAUUCACUACAAAAUCUCCAUGUUAAGCUAUAUGUUCAGUUACUACGGUAUUGCGGCGGCUAUUACACUCUCCCUGAUCAACUACCUCGUUCUCGGGUUUGCGUUGAACAUCGAUGGGUACUAUAUGCACAGUUUCGAGAUUUGGCUGGCAUGUACGGUUGUGUUCCCUGGAGCUGGAAAUGUCGGCUUCACGUUGCUUGAGUAUCGGCUUGGAACGAGGAGUUUGCUAGAUGCGUUGAUUGAGAACUUGACUUGGGUGCCGUUCUUCUUCUUUUUCUUCGGCGGUCUCUCCGUACAUCUCUCCCAAUCCGUCCUCGCCCAUCUCUUCUCAUACAACAUCACCUGGGGAGCAACCAAGAAAGAAGUCGAGAGAUCCAACUUCUUCCUCGAAGUACCCAAGAUUCUAAGACGAUUUUGGUUGAGUAUCAUUGUAUGUGGGUUGAUCACUGCUACGAUGGUGAUUUUGAGUACGAGUUUGGUUCCUGUUGAGUGGAGGAUACCAGGUUUUGAUUGGGCUGUAAUUUUCCCGCUUGCGGUUACUGUUGGGUGUCAUUUGUUGUAUCCGAUUAUUUUGAAUCCUUGGCUGAUGAUCUUUAGUUACUGAGAGUUACAUCUCUCAGGUUUCUUUCUUUGCUUUACGUUUUUUUUUCGGGUUUGAGUGAAGUAUCUAUUGGGCUUUUCGAGUCUUGCUUCCCUCAUGCACUGUGAAACAACAGUCUACUGUCUUUACUUCUUAACUUUUACCCCUCUCGGACUCUGCUCUCUCGCUCUUGCUAGGAAAAUUUACCAGUCCAUCCAUCCAUCCUCGCUCUUGGUUUAAUGAUUAUAUAUACAAACACUGUUUCAUGUCCUUGCUGAAUUAGACUAUAUUACAUACU